AGAAAAAACCCUACGUCCUAAUCUUCUUCUUCUCCGUUGCUCUCAGUCCAUAUCUUCGUCCCCGUUCUGGUUCUACCUUCUGUUGUGGAUCGCUGCUUCGUGACAAGCAUGACAGACGAGAUCAUUCAGAAGUAUGCUUUGAAAGGAAGGGUGCCAUCGGCCUUCAUUCUAUAUAACAAUGAAACCAUAGCCAAUCUAAAAGAUGCUGGUACCUUAAUAACAAAUCAGACGAAGAGGGACAUUGGUGAGCAAUGGAAAAACCUGUCGAACGAACACAAGCAAAAGUACAAAGAUUUGGCUAAGUUGGCCAAAGAGGAACUCACCAAGCAUAAAGCUGUACUUCCGCCAAAACCCAAAAAAAAAAAGAUACAGAACAGUAUUUCCUUAAAGUCCAUCGUUAGAAUAGUACAAAAGUUAAGCCCAGAUCAACGCCGUGCUAUUCAGCUUAUUGGGUUGGGUGGAAUAUUAGAAUUGAGGUGUACAGCUCUUAACCAUCCGCUAUGUAAUUGGUUGGUGCAUAAAUUUGAUCUUGUUUCUCGUUCACUUACUGUUCAUGGGCGGACAUUCCUUCUCACUGAUUCCCAUGUUCAUGAGUGCUUGGGCAUUAAUGCACAAGGCAACCUUAUUGAGUUGGAGGGAAAUACGUCGGUAGAAUUUUCAGAAGUUUAUAAAAACCUUGGAAUGACGAAUGGGGUAGUCCAACUGAAAGAGUUGAGAGAGUACUUGGAGAAAACGGAGGAAGUAGAUGAUGUUUUCAAAAGGAAAUUUGCCUUUGAUGUUGCGGCAAUGCCCAAUCAGAAUUGGGCGAACUUGACCUUAGACUUCUUAUGCAAGGGUAUACUGGACCAACGCAAUAAGGAUCAUACACAACCAAGCGGGUGCCUAUUCCUCCUGGUGGUUUUCUACUUGGAUCGUGUCUCUCCAAGGGCUACAGUUAUGCCUUAUGUUCGAAAAUUCCCUUCUUUGCUUGCUUGGGGUGAUUCUGAAAUUAAGAGUGUCUUGCAUCGGUUUGACCAAAUUGGAGGUUAUGACAGGGAGGGGGUGGUGGUUCAUUUUACACUGGAGGAAAAAACAAGUGGCAAUGAAUGCGGUGUGUCCCAAAUUUCAACUGGAGAUGUAACUGUGAUGACAAAUACUCUUGCAACUAUAGCAGGUCUUUUGUUGCGUCAAAAUAUAUUAAUGGCGAAGCACCUUGGCUCUGAAACGCCUUCUAAGCUGCAACCACAAAUGGGUCAAGAAAUGGACCUAAACAAUGUCCACCUUCAAGGAGAAUUCUCUGCCCUCCUCGCAGGAGUACAUGCAUGUCAAUUAUAA